AUGGCAACUUCAGAGGAAAAUGCAAAUGUUCAACAGAUAGAAGAGAACAAACCUCAAGAAGUCCAAGAAAAUACUCCAGAAACAACAAAUAACGAAUCUGAACAACCAAAUCAGGAAAAUAAAAUCGAAAAUACCGAAAACACUAAUACCGAAUCUCAACAAAAUAUAGAAUCAGCAAAAAAUACAGAUCAACCUAAAAAUGAUGCAGAAACUCCAAAAGAAACACCUAAAAAUGGUGAAGAGAAAGCAGCACCUCUUUAUUGGCUCAGUAGAACAAGGAGUGAAGAAUCUACUGAUCCUGUUGAUAUGAGACCCGAUUCUGAAGAGUGGACUAGUCAAGAACUUCAUUUAUUCAUAGUUACAGAUGCCGGAAAGCCAGUUUACUCUAGAUAUGGUACUGUUCAAAAGCUAUCUCCUAUCUUGUGCACAUGCGUCGCUAUUCUUGGUCACAUGGAGUCAUUGCACGAAGAAUUAAAUCAUUUCAGAGCCGGAUCACACACAUUUGUUUUUCUUCCGAAAUCUCCAUUUGUUUUUAUUGCAGUUUCAAAGUCAUCUCUUCCUGUUUCUUACUUAUUCAAACAAUUAAACUUCUUAUACAGCCUUUUCUUAUCUCUCUUCUCCGAAAACUUAAUCAAUCAGUUAUCAGCUCGUCCAGCCUGUGACUUCAGACAGAUCGCAGAAGGUACAAGACCAGCUUGGGAUGGCGUUGUCAAUAAUAUGAGCGAAGACCCUGCAUUUAUUUUCGCUCCCUCUGUUCCAGUCUCUCAUAUGCGUCCAGAACAACGUGCAGCAGUCAUUUCCCAUUUCGAUAAACUACCUUCUUGCAAAUUAUCGAUGUUAAUGUACAGGAAUCGCGUUUUGGCCGUAGGAAAAUGCUCAUGCGAUUCAUUGUCUCUACGUUUGAUCGUAGAUCUCAUGUGGACUCCUGCAUUUCAGAACGGAGAAUCGUGGACUCCCUUCUUUGCAAGGGAUUCUACAGACGGCAUGCACCAUCUCUACAUUAACAAGCAUAAGAGCAGUGAUUUUGCCCUUGUUAUGCUUUGUUCCGACUCACCAAAUCUUGGUGUCGCAUAUCACUCAGCUGCAACACAUAUUUUCGCGGAACUAGAGGAGAAAUACAUAGCAACACUCGAGAAACCUCUUGAUUGGGAGCCAAAGGUCUUCUAUUGCUGGGCAUUACACUCAAUAACUUACGGACAAGUUUACAUAACAGAUCCGAUAUCUCCGCACUUCAAAGGCCAGAAACCACAAGAUUCCAUCAAAAAGAUGCAAGAACUCUCCAAACAAUUAGCCAAAUCUUGCGAUAUGGUCGAAACAAACGCAGUUGAUGGAGAAUACAUGUUUAGAGAUGAAAAGGAAGUCAUUGUUGUCUACAAAUGCUCAACUCAUGAAAUAUACGCUGUUGCAAAUUCAGCAGAUUUGAAAGAUUCUGAACUUUCGGCCAAACUCCAGGAAUUGAAGAACUUCAUCAAUGCACACUUCAAUGAACUCAUUAUUGUUGAAAGUAAGUUCCAUAUCAAUAAGUUCACUUAA